AUGGGCACCCCUAGGAAAGGGGGAGAGAAACUGCAGGACCCAUCCCUCAGUUCCUCCACUUUCCUCAGCCCUCUUUUCCCAGUCCCAUCUCCUCCCUGUCAACCCUUGUCUCAUGCAGGGACCUUCACUGUCCGGCUGCUCCAGACUACCACCUUCCAAAACACCUCAUUUGCAGACACAGAGGGGCUGGGCCUGCUGGAAGACAUCGAACUUGGUUCUCUUGAUAAACACACAUGGUCCAUCCGUUUCUGCCAGCCCUGGGUGCGCUCAGCCCUUCCCCGUGUUGACUGGGACACCAUUGAAAACCUGCUUAAGAUCUAUUUGCAGCAGUUUAACCAUCUAAUCAAUGAAGGGGCCACGCAAAAGGACAUCCCCUGUGAGUGCUCGGUUUUUACUUCAUCCCCUUUCUUGAAAAGCAGCUGGGAGGUGGGGAAGGAUCUGAUAGUGCUGGUGCUGUAUAGGAACCCCUUUGUUGUUCAGUGCACAGCAGGCUGCAUGCUGUACCCCAACAGAACCUCCCUGGCCUUUGGCUAUGUGGGUUACAAUGGUCAGGAUUUCCUCAGCUUCGACACAAAGAAUCUCACCUGGACCCUCUACCAGGACACCGAGUUGUCACGGUAUGUCCAGUCCUUUCUCCACAACUACACCGCCUUGAGUGAGCUGAUGGAAACUCUUUUCAAUGAUACUUGUGUCGAUGACAUGGAGGUGUUGCUGCACUAUGGGAGGGCAGCUCUGGAGAGACAAGAGCUGCCUGUGGCCACGGUCUUUGCCCGCACCCCCAGCCUAGACCAGCUGCUGCUUGUUUGCCAUGUCACUGGCUUCUACCCCCGUCCCAUCAGCGUGGCCUGGCUGCGGGAUGGCCAGGAGGUGCCUCCGGGCCCGGCGCUCAACACCAGCACCAUCCUGCCCAACGCUGACCUCACCUACCAGCUCCGCAGCGUCCUGGCCGUGGCCCCCCGUGAUGGGCACAGCUAUGUCUGCCGUGUGCGCCACCACAGCCUGGGCACCCGCAGCCUUCUCAUCCCAUGGGGUAGGUGCCACCCGUGGGGGAUGAGAUGGGGGUCCUGAGCCACCCUGCACCACAAGAUGGAGCAAACUCCAGAAAGCUCAUGGCAGCUUCUCCUUAUGUUUCCCAGGGAACUCAGAAGUGGUGCUGA